AUGCUCAAGAUUUUAUCCUCAUCAUUAGCAGUAAGUUUAAGACGUACAAAUUUGAUAACUCCAAGAAUUGCAUAAAGAGUAGCUAUUAGUUUGAUUUCACUUCCACUUAUCAGAUAUAGUUUAAAAGUAUUUAUAAAAAUAAAUGAUUAGACAUUAAAUCUGAAUGAUGUUUAUGAAAUAGAGACAUAAGAUGAUCUAUAAGAAGGUGAAAUGAGAGAAGUAUAAGUGGGUCCAAAUAAAGAAGAUGCUGUUUUGGUUUUUAAAUUUGAUGGAUAGAUUUAUUGUGUUUUAAAUUCAUGUCCACAUGUAGGUGCUUCACUUUCUGCUGGUUUUUUAGUAGGUGAUAAAGUCAAAUGUUCAUUUCAUAAUAUUAGUUUUUUUGUAAAAGAUGAUUAUCAUGAAGAGGAACCUAUGUUUAAAGGCUUAUAGACAUUCCCUGUUAAAUAAGAAAAUGGUUUAUUAAAAAUAAGAAUAUAGAAGGAAUUAUUAAAUGCACCUGGAACACUUAAUAUGGUUACCACAAAAGAUAAUCCUUACCAUGUAGUAAUUAUAGGUGGAGGGUAUUAUUAUUUAAGUAUUAUAUCAAAAGAGUCUCUGGUUAAAGUGCUGCUGAAACACUUCGUUAAGCUAGAUUCACAGGAAAAAUUACUAUGAUUACAGCUGAAAAUUCAUUACCAUAUGAUAGAACUUUUAUGAGCAAAAUACCAUUUUUGGUCAAACUUUAAGAUUUAUAAAUUAGAGAAUAAUAAUUUUAUGAUUAAUAUGGUAUUGAUGUUUUAGUCAAUAAAUUUGUUGAUUCUAUUGAUACUAAAAAUAAAUAAGUGCAUAUUGGAAAUGAAAAAAUCAAUUAUGAUAAAUUAUUAAUUGCUACUGGAGGUUCUGCUCGUAAACCUCCAUUGGCUGGAGUAGAUUUAAAAAAUGUUCAUACUUUAAGAUAAUUUAAUGGUGUAGAAGCAAUUAGAGAAAAGGCAAAAAGUGCUUAAAAUAUUGUUAUUGUUGGAGCAUCAUUUAUUGGUAUGGAAAUAGCUUCGGCUAUUAAAAAAGAAUUGAAAGAUUAAGUUAAUGUUACUGUUGUUGAUAAUACAUCUGUUCCAUUUGAAAAAGUUCUUGGUACUGAAGUUGGAGCAUCGUUAUAAAAAUUACAUUAAGAAAAUGGAGUUGAAUUUGAAUUAUCUGUUGGAGUAAAAAGAUUUGCUGGAAGAAAAGAUUCAGUCUAAAGAGUUGAUUUAUUAAAUGGUAAAUCCCUAUUAGCUGAUCUUGUUAUCUUGGGUACAGGUAUUUAACCAAACAAUUAAUUGGGUUAAGGUUAAUUAAUUACAUCUAAAUAUGGAGGCAUUUUUACUGAUCAAUUUUUCAAAGUUGCCCCCCAUGUUUAUGCUUUUGGUGAUGUUGCUAAUAAUCCAAAUUUUAUAAUUUAUUAAAAUGUGAGAUUUGAACAUUACAAUGAAGCUGUUAAAUAAGGGUACUUAUUAAAUAUUAUUUUAGAUAAAUUGCUGCAUUGAAUAUUCAAGGUAUAAAAACUCCUGUGUCUAUGUCAGAUGUGCCAUUCUUUUGGACUAGAUAAUGGGAUAAAACAUUAAGUUAUAGUGGUGUAGGAGAAGGAUUUGACGAAGUGAUAAUUGAUGGAGACCUAAAAAAAUUGAAAUUUAUUGCAUACUAUGCAAAAAAUGGAAGUAUCGUUGCUUCUGCAAGCAUGAAUAUUCCAAAUGUUUUAGCAUAAUUUGAUUUAAGGCUUAAAUGAUAAUCUCUGAAGCUUUAAAACUAAACUUAAUGCCAAGUGCCUAAGAAUUAAAAGAUUAGAAGACCACAAUAGAUUAGAUUAAAAAUUUAGUUUUAAGCUAAGGAAUAUCUUGCCAUUGUUAACGUUCAGAUAAAUGCUAAGUCUGAUUGUGAUUAUUAAAAUAAAUUGAUUAAUUAAAA